UCAAAUCGAUGGUCUUGUAUUCAAAAGGCCACUAAUAGCUUUGGUUCAUGCCUAGCUCAGGUUGAACGAUUAAAUCAAAACGGCAUGACUGAGCAGGAUAAGUUUGAUAAGGCGAAAAUUAUGUACCAAUCAGAAGAAAAGUGCAACUUUCUGUUCGAGCAUUGUUGGAACCUAUUAAAGGACCAACCUAAGUGGAUUUUGCGGGAUGCCGCAAAGCAAAGGAAGACGAUGGUCCCACCCUCGACCCCAACCACAACCCCAUCCCCAACGCGAAAUGUCAUUGAAGAUGAAGUUGUCGAAUUGGAUCGACCAAUGGGUAAGAAAGUUGCUGUAAAAAAACGAAAGGCUGAAGGUAAGCAAACUGAGGAAAUUAUUCAACUCAGAAAGAUGAAGUUUACACUUUUAGAGGAGGUGCAGGCUCAAGAGAAAGAGUAUUUUCGCCUUAAGACAUAG